AUGAGGAACAAGAAGCGUCAUGUCAACAACCGACGUCGUGUGCGAGGCAUUCCAGGGCGAGCUCCUACAGCACGUGAAAGCCGUCAAAUUCAUAUCAAGGAAGCUAAGCUUCGUGCUGCUGUUCUCCGGCUGCGCACACUAGAGCGUAAAGGAAAUGUCGCUACAGAGGAAGAUCGCGACGAGUGUUUUCGCGAAGUACGUCGAUUGGCGAUCACACCGAAUGGUCUGAUUUCGAGUGCAUUUCGAACGAUUUUAUGGCCAUUUUUGCUUGGUCUUCUUAGCAUGAAACAAAAUGUUCGAGCUAUUUCUGGCGAAAACGUGAAAACUGAGCACCGAGACGCUGCACUCAUUGAAAAGGACGUUGAGCGAUCAUUGUGGCACUACGACGUGCUGAAACGACUGAAAGAGACUGAGCGCCUCUCAAAACGUCGCGCAUUGAAAAAUAUAAUUUUGAGCGUGCUGAAUGCGAACACUACAUUGUUCUACUUUCAAGGGUAUCACGAUGUCGUGUCGGUAUUUCUUUUGACGCUCGGAAACUCGAUGGACACCAUGCGAGCAGUUCAGGUUAUCAGUGAAACGUAUCAACGUGAACCAAUGCGAUCAGGAUUUGAACAAGUGAUGGACACAACAAGAUUAUUGUUUCCGUUGCUUGAUGCCGCGGAUGAGCUGCUAUUCCGUCAUUUACAAGCAUCAGGGGUCGAACCAUUUUUUGCUCUCCCCUGGAUGAUUACGUGGUUCUCGCACCAAUUAAAACGAUUUGAAGAUGUUGCUCGUCUUUUUGAUCUGUUUCUCGUAACUCAUCCACUUUUCAGUCUGUACGUGUCUGCGGGGGUUCUGCUUGAGGCGAGAGAAACGAUUUUAUGCUGCGAAUGCGACUUUGGCACGAUGCAUGGAAUGCUAUCGAAAUUACCACUUACUAUGGACAUUGAAAAAGUGAUUGCGCGGGCACUUGUGCUGUUUCACCAAAAGCCUCCGGAACAGCUCAGAAGAGAUAGCGAAAUGCUUGCUGACUCAGGCAACCAGAACAUGUAUUUUCAGUAUCCAUUUAGAUAUCAACCAUGGCUCAGCCUAACCAAACCAAUGCUAAAGAAUGUUCCGCCAUUACCGCCUCGACAAUCAAGGUAA